AUGGGAGUAGUGCUGAGAAUGAUGGGAGAAGUGCUGGGAAUGAUGGGUGUAGUGCUAGGAAUGAUGGGAGGAGUGCUGGGAAUGAUUGGAGUAGUGCUGGGAAUGAUGGGAGUAGUGCUAGGAGUGAUGGGAACUUCCUGUGACUUUCUUGGAGUAGCCAUGAUAAUUCCACUCCUUCCAGGUCACACAAAAAGCAUGGGUGCUUCUUCUACAAUGAUUGGACUUGGUAAAUGGAGUGAUGUAGUUGGAAGACGAUGGUCAUUGCUAUGGUGUUUUGCAUUCUCAUCUGUAGGCUAUGUAAUGUUAGGCUUUUCAUCUACAAUUCUUAUACUGAUGUUGUCACGGAUACCAUCUGGUAUUUUUAAGCACACAAUGUCACUGAGUAAAGCAUACCUGACUGACAUCACCCCGGCAGAUGAACGUCCAGCAGUUUAUGGCACUCUCAAUUCUAUAUCUGGUAUAGGAUUCAUCAUCGGACCAGUGCUUGGUGGCCAUAUUGCCGAAACUGACAAUGGUUUCAUGAGAGUUUGUCUCUGCUCAGCCACCAUGUUUUUUCUUGACUUAGUUAUAACUUGGUAUUUUAUCCAACCCAUACCUGAGGACAAAAUAAAAAGAUCAACAUCAGAAAAAAAAUUUGCAUUAGAAGACCUUAAUUUAAAUCCCAUUACAUUCUUCAGGACAUUCAGCCAUAUACUAACAGGCCAAAUUGAUUUGUUUAUUAUCCGCUUUCUCUUGGGGUUUGCAGCCCUUCUUUAUCGCAGUAACUUCACUCUGAUGUUGGAGAAUGAAUAUGGGACUAGUCCUAAAACCAAUGGUUAUAUUAUAUCAAUGGGAAGUGCAGUAGCAGUACUGAGUGGAAUGUUUGUUGGACACAUAAUCAGAUUAUAUAAUAAUGAAGCAAAGCUUCUUAUACAUGCUGGAGUCAUGCAGGUCUUAGCAAUUAUCUUCCUAACAUUUUCUCCAAAUAUAUGGUUCAUAAUGAUCCUUCUAGCCCCGCUUUCAUUAUCAAAUUCAAUUGCUAGAGUUUGUUGCACAGACCUGAGUGUCAGACGUGGUCGAGUUACUGAAGUUGGUGCCGUGAUUGGUCUUAGUCAAACUGUGAUGUCAGUGGCAAGGAUGCUUACACCAUUCUUGGGUGGUGUCCUACAAGAAUUUUCCUACCAGGCACCCGGUGUUGUAGCUGCAGCUUUUGCAAUGGCAGGGACUACAGUGAUGGUUAUUUAUCCACAGGAUCAAAUAAAAUAUAAAAAGCACUAA